GGGUAUUCAGUGGACGAACAGCCCAUCAGUAACGGCACGUACGGCACAGUCUUCAGGGCCCGCAACACAUCCGGUGACACCCGAGCCCUCAAAGUCAUCGACUUAACAGAUGUCACACAAGACUACAAGACACAGUUCCUUCCGCGGGAACUGUUUGCCAUUAAGAAACUUCGCCACCGAUUUAUUGUCACCACAUUUGACUCGUUCUUCACACAGUUCCUUCCGCGGGAACUGUUUGCCAUUAAGAAACUUCGCCACCGAUUUAUUGUCACCACAUUUGACUCGUUCUUCGUGUCCGCCCGUGUCUUCAUUGUGAUGGAGUUGGCGAUCGGCGGUGACCUCCAGGACAUGAUCGACAAACUCAAGCGUCCCGUCGAUGACAGUAAAGCCCGCGUUAUCUUCAGACAAGUGGCCGAAGGACUGAAUUACAUCCAUAAUGAGGGCGUUGUUCACCGCGACCUCAAGUGUGACAACGUUUUGCUGUUUGAUGACCAGAAAGUGGCCAAAUUGACUGACUUCGGGUUCGCCCGCACCUCAUAUCUGCCGCCCACCGGUCAAAGUGUUUUGGUGGCGACCACUUGCGGGACUCAGGAGUACUGUUCCCCUGAGUUGUUAAGUAAUCAUCCUUUUAAGCCGAAGCCCAACGACUGCUGGUCUCUCGGAGUUGUGCUAUACGUGAUGACCACCCGUAAGACUCCCUUCCCUUUAAGACAUCAGAGGCGCAGACAAAUGAAGAAGAAGUACUCAAAGACUGGCAUUACUAAUGAUGACUGCAAAGACCUGAUCCAGAAGAUACUCGAACCCGAGUCUCUUCUUAAGAAUUAA